GAGAAGGUAUGAUCUGACCAGAAGGAGUGGCGGUGUUGUCAAAAGUGACAGUGACCUGUUGCCAUGGGAUGUAAACCUACCUCAUGGAUCAAACACACUUGGAAGUGAGAGACUGAUGCAAGUGACUGGUGACACACCGAGGUACAGACGCCAACACCUGCAUUCAUCAGAUCAGGAAAACAAUAUGGUCUCUGAUGAGGAAAUUGAAGUUUUUGAAGGACCUGUGACACAACAAGGUCUAAGAAAUACAAGAUCUGGAGAAAGAGAAACAAAUAUACUAUUUUCUGGGGAUAAAAAAGCAAAUACUGACAAAGUGAAUCGUAGUUCAUUUAAACCAGGCACUACAGGACAAGAAAAGGCUCAGAAAACAAGUUACUUUGAUGCUAUUGGGAGAAAAGACAAUGAAGAGAGUGGACAGUGGUCCUCAAAGUCUGGAAGUCAGGAUCAUGAAAUAAAAUCUGAUUCUGAUGAGGAAACAAUCAUUGUAGAUGUGAUCUCAUUGUCCAAUAGAAAUGAUAGCGAAACAGCGGAGCAAAGUCAUGAAGGGCAUCAAAGACA